UGAUAUAUUUUCAACAGCCCUACUGGUCACACUCUCUUUUCGCUAUUGGUUUCCGGCAAGCUCCAAAAUGACCAUUCGUCCAGCGUACAGACCCAAGAUUGUAAAGAAGCGCACUAAGCACUUCAUUCGCCAUCAGUCGGAUCGCUAUGCCAAGUUGUCGCACAAAUGGCGCAAGCCCAAGGGUAUCGACAACAGAGUCCGUCGUCGCUUUAAGGGCCAGUAUCUGAUGCCCAACAUCGGUUACGGAUCCAACAAGCUGACCCGCCACAUGCUGCCCACCGGCUUUAAGAAGUUCUUGGUGCACAAUGUGAAGGAGCUGGAGGUGCUGCUCAUGCAAAACCGCGUAUAUUGCGGUGAGAUCGCCCAUGGCGUGUCUUCAAAGAAGCGCAAGGAGAUUGUGGAACGCGCCAAGCAGCUGUCUAUUCGCCUGACUAACCCCAACGGUCGUCUGCGUUCUCAAGAGAACGAGUAAGCUUAAGGUUAAGAUCAUAGCCCUUGUAACGUUUUCGGAAUACAAGUUUCAAACGUUAAAAACACCA